AUGAUCCGAGCACUCGUCAGCAUUGCUUGUUGUUUGAGCUUCGCCUAUGCAGCUACGUUCACAUUCGAAGAUGUCCCAGAUGAAAUAAAAGAGCUCGUCCCUGAUAACAUCACGUCUUUCCUCAAAGGACUCAAAGAAUCCGAUAUAGCAAUACUGAAGGAGGUUGCCGCGAAUUAUGAAAACCAACAUGAGACUGCGGAUCAGGCAAUAGCUGAAAUAAAGAAAAAAUCACCCGAACUUGGUGAAAAAGUUGAAAGUCUUCACAAAAUGAUCCUGGACAAAGUCAAUGCCCUUAACCCAGAAGCAAAAGAGUUCGCUCUCGAGAUGUACCGUAUUGUGCGUAAACUCCACACGAAAUCCAUUGCUGGCCAGAAAAUAACUGCAAAGGAAAUAACCGACCAGGCUCAGCAGGUAAUCGAAAAGUUCAAGGCACUGCCCACGGCUGCUCAGGAAGACCUCAAGAAGCAGUUCCCUAUAACAGUUCACGCAUUCACGAGCAAGAAAAUCAACAAGAUGGUGGCAAGGCUAUUGGUCAACGGCUAA